AUGAAGGGUGAAGGAGACACAGAGCAUUUUUUUUCUGUGUGUAAUUGUUCAGUGGACCCGAGGGGGAAGUUUGGACAGGAAAUCUGUAUAAUGGCAGGCCCAGGAAAUAAUGGCCAAGUGUGUGUCACAAGCGGCAGUGUUGCAGAUGGGACAGACUACUCAGUGGCAGAAGCGUGGCAGCGGGCCAUGGGGUCGUCAGAGGAUCGGAACGGGACAGCUGUGAAGGAAGGCUGGCUCAGGAAGUCCCCCCCACUGGACAAGAAGACAUCUGUCUUUAAGGCCUGGGAGUGGCGCUGGUUUGUUCUGCGGAUCACCCCCCAGCAACAACUGGAACUGGAGUACUACAAGGACAAGGACAGCUCCAGGAAGGACGAGCCAAAAGGCAUCAUCAAGUUCGGAAAGGCGGACUUUUACGAGGAAAUCAUCAAGCUGUGCGACAAGAAGGACAAGAAGGUUGCUGACAUCAUCAGCAAGCACAAGUCUGAGAACAUCUUCACUGUGACCAGCUCUGAGGGGAGAACCUUCUUCUUGAUCUGUGAGACAAAGGAGGACCUGGAGAGUUGGUUUGACCUACUGCAGCAGCAUCUGGAGGAAUUAGGAUACAUCAAGGGUUUCGCCCUCCAGAACAGAGCUCGAGGACGGUCUACCACACAACCAUGCGGACCGCGGCCACGAGAGAACACGCCUGAGCGUUACUUGAUUUCUGCACCUGGCCGGAACCAAAACGCCUUCGCAGGAGCAGGAGAGAGGGAACCACAGCCCGAGCCAGACGUUGCCGUUUACCCGUCACAGACGCCGAGUCCUCGUCCCUACAGCUCCAGCUCCUCCUCCGGCUGCUCGCGCUGCUCCAGUAUCUCCAGCCAGUCCAACCCAGACGUGCUGUACGCUGCUGUCUACCGCUCAGCGACCCCCACAGGCCAACCACCUGCACAUCAUAGUCCGACCCCAGCAAUCCAACCACCGGCACGACGUAGUCCGUCCCCGACCAUCCAACGUCCCACGUGCCUGGCCCUGACCAGCCAGUCUAGCCUAGAUGCACAGCAGUCGCCCGGCGAUGAAGACAAGGCAACGUCGGCGCCACUCAGCAUUCUUCAUGCCCGUGGUGGAUCCUCUCGCACGAGCCCGCCCUUUACUCCACCAGACACACCCAUGUCGCCGCUGUCCUCCACACCCACCUUCGACUUCAACCCUGAGUUCAUCCACCAGCUGCAGGAGGAGGGAGAUGUCAGAGAACAGGAGGAGAGACAGGAGCCAAACUACCGUCUCCUGCACAAUCCAAGCCAGCCCUGCUGCCUGCGACACCAUAUAGUGUAUGUGAACGCUGACACUGCAAGAAGACAUCAAGAAGAAGACUUGUACGAAAACAUCCACGUGAUUGAGGAUGAGAAACUGUGGCUUCGGAGGGUGAAGACGAGGAAGGCAUCACUGAGACAGUCAUGUGCUCCGAUCACGAAGCUCCUGGAACCUCAGCAGGGAAUCCCCAUCUCCCAAGCAGACCUGGAUGAUGAGGAAGUUUUUGGAAACGAGGAGAAAGAAGAGGCAGAGAUGGAAGAUAUUUAUGAACAGAUGGGCUCCCAUCCCAGAGAGCAUCCUGAUACUGAGACCACACCUAUGUCUUUAUUGUCAGAGGCAGCGGUAGAAAACCCCUACAGCUCAGGGGAGGAGGACCUUUAUGUCCUGCCCACUGGUAGGGUCUCACCUGAUAGUCACUACGGCAUACGUCCACUGUUCUCACAAGAAAUAGCAAGCUCAACACCAGGAUCCUAUGCGGUACGGGGAAAAGAUGACAGUAUAGCACAGAGUAGUGGUGGGGAGAUGUCCCAAUCUGAUGAGGAAGAUAGAGAGGAUGUGUCAGAAAUAAGAAAAGCAAUGGAAGCAGCUGCGGCUGAUUUACUCCCAGAUAACAGUGAAAGGAGAACUAUCCGUUGCAUGCUGAAGCAGGAGAAUCUGUGCCAGGAGGAUGAAUUUGCCUUUGUGGAGCAGCAGAGAGAACUGUUACAGAGAUACUCCAGACCACAGGCAGCCCCUAAGGCAUCUACCCUGGGAAGGCAGGUGGAUAGUCGGCAGCACAGGAGGCCUGCAUUGCCACCGAGGAGCUUUUCCUGCGAUGACCACAGUCCCCCCAGGUCACCUAAUGGCUCCCACAGCCCACAUGCACCAUUGAGCAGAUCGAGGUCAGGCUCUUCAGGAAUGGAGGCGCCUCCGGCAGACACGACGAUGAAGAAACGAGCCAACACGUUACCCCUACUGCACAGCAGCGGACCACCACCCCUUCCCACUGAGCCCCCACCCCUCCCGCCAAGAGUCAGCCUGCCCCCCUCGAGAAUCAGCCUGCCCCCCUCACCGUCUGAGCUUCAGGCAGAGAUUAUUCGGCAGCAGAUGGACAGUGCAGGGAUCAAGGUCAUACUCAGCAGAGAAGAGGUCAUCAACAAACUGGGCUUCGUGGAAUGUUUCAGUGCUGUGUGGAUUGCUGGAUGGAAGGAGAAAGAGGCCCCGACCCUGAAGCAGUACUUCUAUGUGGGAGAUUGUGUCUAUGCGAUCAACGACCAGAGAGUGAACACCGCUGAUGAUGCCAGAAGAACCAUUCAGACGUCCAUGAAGGAUCAGAUCAUCUUCCUUGUCAAGCGGCUGCCCCAUGCGAAUGUGGUCACUCUAAGGAGGACCACAGAUGGAGAGAAACUUGGCAUUGACAUCAAGACAAACCAUGCAGAGAUCACAGCGGUUGACCCUGACGGCCUGGCUGGGCAGCAGGGCCUGAAACCCAAGUACAGCAUGAACAACUACCAGGUUAACUGGACCAUCACCAAGAUCAACAGCCUCCCAGUCAGCAUCCUGGCAGUACAGGAGAAGGAGGUUCAGAGGCGUAUCUGGGAGGGCGGCCUGCAGCUGACAUUAGUCCUGCAGCCUUCAGACUUCAUCAAGACCCUUCGCAAGGAACUUAAGAUAACCACAAACAAAAACCCAAAGGAGUAUGAGGUUGACAUGCUGGCAACCAGGAAGUAGAUACUGGAAGGGUGAAAAUCAGAUCUUUGUAAAACAACAAAAUCUUGGCCAGUACUCUCUUUGGCAAAGUAGAAAGCCUGGUUUAGUACGAUAAUAGAGAUCAGAUAUCUCUACAGUCUGUACAGUUGUGUAAGAUCAACAAUAUUGAUAAACAGUUUUGCUUAGCACACAUCUCGGGCUUAGUGGUUUAAAAAGCAGUAAGGAUAGGUUUUCUACUUUGCCAAAGCCAUGCAUUUAUUUGUUGCAUCAAAUAUUGACACCAUUGAAUUGUUGUUAAUAUUCAAGGAGCCAUCCUUCUCAAUUUGUGACCAGAAAUUCUCAUUGUUCACAUCAGUCAAAACCAUACGUCCUAAAGUGUCUUAAUUGGAGUUUUAUGAUUAAAGCAUGCAAAACAGAAAUCGUCUGGCUUUAAACAUGUUGAAGGAAUCCAUAAGUUCACAUGGCUGUGCAUGACAAAGUAGCUACCUUUGAUAAAGAACACUCAUGAACAUGACCAGCCAUUGGUUAUACAUGUAACCAUAAAUUUUUUGUACAUACUACAUGGUUAGCAUAGUUAGGAAAUUGGUAGCAGUAAUUAUGGCUCAUAGAUAGUCUGUGU